AUGAAGAUAGAGGCUCAAGCUUUAGAAUUCUUGAUGACAAAAUCCUCAUCUACCGAAACAAAGCUCUCUGAUGUUCUUCCAGGAACUCAAGCUUGGGAAGAUAAAGGCCCAGAGCCUGUGACCCUGCCUGCAACAGCCUAUGUUUCAGAGGCCCAAGCAACAGCAACUCGGGCUGCAAUGGCUCAGGCUUGGGAGACUCAGGCUUUUGUGGCUAAGGCCAGGACUGGCAAUCCAAAGCAAACUGCAUUGACUAUGGCAACUUCCGCAAUGCUUAAACAGACUCUCUCAGAUGAGAAGUUUCAGAUGACAGAAAGCAAAGACAGUAAGAUCUUCACUCGUCCACUGUGGUCUGGAAAGGUUGAAUAUAUCCUGUCCCAGCUGGGCUACAGUGUGAGACCAUCCAAUAUCUGGCAGUUUAUCUACAUGUGGCUUCACUAUGGAGGCUGUAGUUUCCUUGUUAUCUACAUCCUCUUGCUGUUCUUAGUCGGGGUUCCUCUCCUCUUCCUGGAGCUGGCAGCCGGUCAGAGGAUGCGCCUGAGCAACAUGGGUUUAUGGAAGAUCAUUAGCCCCUGGACUGGUGGUGUUGGGUAUACCAGCUUCACGGUGUGCUUCAUCACCAGCAUGUACUUCAAUGUGGUCAAUGCCUGGAUCCUCUUCUACCUGAGCCAGUCCUUUCAGUUUCCUGCUCCAUGGGAGAAAUGUCCCUUAUUGAAGAACUCCAGUGACUUUGAUCCUGACUGUGCACGGACGACACCUUCCAUGUACUUCUGGUACAAGCAGACCUUGAAGGCCUCAGACAGAAUUGAGGAUGGUGGGCCACCAGCCUUCAGUCUGACCCUGCCCUUCUUUAUAUUAUGGUGUAUUGUUGGUGCUUUCGUGUCCAAUGGGCUCAAGUUCAUUGGGAAGGUAAUGUAUGUCUUGGUACCACUGCCUUAUUUCUUCAUCGUGUGUUUCCUCUUCUGGAGUCUGCUGCAGGAUGGGGCCACGUAUGGCCUUCAACAUUUGGUGGUUGCCAAGAUAUCAUCCAUGUACAACAUCCAGGUGUGGUCCCUAGCAGGGUGCCAAGUCUUGUUUGACUUGGGCCUAGGCUUUGGCCCUGUCGCCUCCUUAUCCUCGCACAUGGACCAGUCCAACAACUGUCUCACUGAUGCUUUUGUCAUGGCUGUGGUCAACCUGUUCACCUUGGUUGUUAUCAUACCUUUCAUCUUCUCUAUCCUGGGCCUCUGGGCUACAGUCAUCACGCACCGCUGCAGUGAGAAGAAUGUUGAAAUGCUUAUCCAGCUGAUAGCCCUGGGGGAGCUGCCUGCUGAAGCGCAGCCCCCUGAAAACCUCCUGGACAACCCAAGCUCCGUCUAUAACGCCUGGCUCAAUGACCUCCCCCAGCACAUCAGGGACUUGGUGCUGAGCCGGGUGCCCGAGUGUGACAUAAAGAAGCAGUUUCUGAAGUAUAAGGAGGGCCAGAGAUUUGUAUUCCUGAACUUCAUUGAAGCCACAUCAUUCCUUCCUGGGUCCGUCUUCUGGUCUAUGCUCUUCUUCGUGACAGUGCUCAUCCUGGGACUGAGCACCAUCGUAGGGUUCAUGCAGGGACUUCUGAUCCCACUCCAGGACACCUUCUCGUCCUUCAGGCGGCACAGAAAGCUGUUCUCAGUGUUCGUCUCUAUGCUUAUGUUCCUGUGCGGCCUCUUCUUCCUUCGACCUCCAGGCGUCUACUUCUUCAGUCUGCUGCAUGAACACUGGACAGUCCUUCCCAUCAUCAUCGUUGUCAUGUUUGAAAACAUUACCAUAGUGUGGGCUUAUGGGGCCAAGAGGUUCCUUGAAGACCUUACGAUCCUGUUGGGCCAUCCCAUCUCCCCCAUCUAUGGUUGGCUAUGGUGUGGUCUGUGUCCAGUUAUGUUGCUAGUCAUGUUUGUGGUAACUGUAGUUCGUCUUGCUGUGAAGAACAUCACCUAUGUGGCCUGGGACUCGAGCAGUUCAAAAGAGGUGAUUCGGCGAUACCCAUCGUGGGCACUGGUCUUGAUGCUCAUCCUUUGGCUCGCUGCAAUCUCCCCCAUCCCUGCAUACUUUGUCUACUGCCUCAUCAACAAGAUCCCCUUCAGGUCUAAGAUGGAGGACAAGCCGGCAGUAACCUCCAGUUCCCUCUUCCCAAGUAACCAGAUAAUGCCGGGUCAGGAGGUCAAAAAGGUGGAGAUUCGGCAAGAUAAAGCAAAGGGAUCAACCUGUUGUGUGACUUCCAAACUUCAUUCAACACACACCCCUCAAGAGGUCUGA